AUGUUGGAAAAGAAUAUUGACUUCAGUGUCGAAGAUUUCCGUGUCCGCUGCCUCGCACAUAUUCUAAAUCUUGUUUGCCAAACUGCGCUGGAUAGUUUACGGGACAUAUCUGGCACAAAUAUUGAUGACAUUGACCCCGCAUCAGAUGGGACCAUGGUUCCUGUUCUCACUAAGCUUGACAAAUGUGUCGCAUUCGUUCGAGCUUCGCCUCAGCGACGUGAACAAUUUAGAAGUCAAUGCAAAAUUUUCGGACUUGAAGAGAAGGAAUUACUUUUGGAUGUUCGUACCAGAUGGAACUCUACUCUUUUAAUGAUGGAGAGAGCAUUUGAAUAUCAAAAGCCGUUAGAGUGCACUCUUCGGAUGGAGUCAAAAUUAAUCGGUUGGAUUCUUACUCAAGAACAGUGGAAAAUGGUCCAUAAUAUGACCUGUUUCUUGCAGCCCUUCAAAGCCAUGACAGAACUUAUGUCAAAACAGGAUUUCCCGACUAUCUCCUUCUGCUCACUGGUUUACUCCAAAAUUUUCUUACAUUUGGAAAAAUACCGCGUGGACGCCAAACGUAAGUUAAAAGCGAUUGAUCCAAAAACCGGGAGACCAUUUCCCACGUGGGUCCGGAUCGCGGCAAAGGAAGUUCAUGAAAAACUGGACAAAUAUUAUCCAUCAUCAGAUGGACUGGCUUACGUAGUUGGGACAGUGCUGGACCCGCGAUGCAAAACUGAGUGAUUUUCAUCAGUUGGAUUCUGUUCUAGUGCUAUUGAGAAAUACAGGAGUCGAAUCAAAAGUUAUUGGACAUCCUCAUACGCAAAUGAACAGGAGAUUAGCUCGGAGCCGUUAGAUGAAUCGGAUGAGAACGAUUUGUUUAUGCAACUGCAUAGACGUCAUAAUUCUAAUGAUGAGAUUACAAGAUACCUAUUGCAGCCAACGAUAAGCCCGAACGCACUGGACACCGGUGCGCUAGGAUGGUGGAAGAACCACGAGUCAGAUUUCCCAACACUCUCAAAAAUUGCAAGGGAUUUCUUGACUGCAGCCGGGGCAGGAGUUCCAGUAGAGCGUUUAGUUUCCUCUGGAUCAACUCUAUUAACCCCCAAGAGGCAAAAAAUGUCGCCAUCAACAAUACAGGAGUGUAUUUGUACGAAGGGCUGGAUAAAAGCCAAUUACCAAGAAAUAUUUAAACAUGAUCUUUGUGUCGCAGUGGCUAACAAAAUGGGAGGAGGGGAAUAAUAUUAAUAUGUGGCAACAUCAUUUAUUAACUUACUCUCCAAUAUCCAAAUAAGACAACUUUCCAAUUUGUCGUUUAUUUCAAUUGAAUAAUUAUUUCAUUAAAAGUCAAGAAAGGUGUUAGUUUUUUGUGCUCAACGAAACACACAAGUUAACAUAUUUUAUAUAAAUUUAUUGUAAGAAAUAGUUUGACCUAUUUAAUCACUUAAAUUGAGGAUGUAUUAAAAUUAGAAGCUUAAUUUGAUCAUUAAAAAUGUUAAAUGGCAAAUAACUAAACACCAAUAUAUGUAAAUAACCAAAUAAUCCUAAAUGAAAAAUACUUCACACAUUUUUUCUUCCGAAGCGCACACAAAAAUGCAAAUUUAACGCAGAAUAUUUAACCGUGUCAAGCUACACUGGUGGAUGUCAAGGGUUUUUUUUGGCCAGAAAUGGCUUAGAAUCUCACAGCUGAAAAUGUGAAAGGUAAUGAACCCAAGAAAAUUAAAUGGUUUCGUUUUAUGUUCAAUUUUCAGAGCUUACAAGGUUUAUGUAAAAAUCGAGAAAAUUUAUUGAGCUAAUUCACGCAUUUUCAUUCGUCAUUUUCGACAGUCGUGUAAAAUCCGUAAUUUCUUAAAAUAAUUUUACAAACGUUUAAAAAAUAAAAAGACAAGCUAGAUUUGACUACGUUUACAAAAGUUUGAAACCUAAUUUUCCCUAGAAAUAGUUACACACAUUGGCAAGUUUACAGAAAUUACGUAUUAAAAUACAUUAUUAAAAUACAUUGCUACCAAGGCCAUAAUUGGUCUUCAUUCUAAAAUCCAAAUUAAUUUAAAUUGACAAAUUGAGAAAAAGGUUGGAUAAAAAAGUGGAAACUUAACAAAUUGUCCAAGUGUCAAAUAUUACUACGUGCGUAAAAACAUUUGCAUUAGCCCUUAGUAAACUCGGCAGUAAUAAUUAGUUACGAACUUUAAUUUAAGAAUCGUUACUAUAAGCACACUUAAUGCACGCGCAUACUUAUCCGCGUAUUAAUAAGCAGACUUGACUCACUCGACUCACUCGGCUUGGCUUGGUUCUUAAUGAGUCGAGUCAAGCCAAGCCGGCUUGCUUCUAACUCGGCUUGCUUGGACUCACAACUCAAUAAGCCGGCUUGGAUUGACUCACAACUCAAUAAGCCGGCUUGCUGGCAACUCUAAAAAUACCUAUGCAUUUUCUGUUCCAAAGUGGUUACACGUGUAUAUUUAACGUGUGUAUUUAAACGCAUAUAU